AUGGACGUAUUCUGCACUCAGAGCGGCAUCGAAAAUACAAACCAGUUCUUACCUCCAAAAAUCACAUUUUCUGCCGAUCUGAUGAACCCACCCUUUCCGAACCACCAGUCCAAAGCUGCUCCAUGGACAACCGACUCCAUCUACGAGGAAGCUCAAAGCAGUUCGUCAACGCUUCGGCCAUAUGCAGGUUUCAUUUAUCAGUUUCCAUGUAGAUUGCACCAGAUGUUGGAAACAGUGGAAAAGGAAGACAACACGUCCAUCAUUUCAUGGCUGCCGGGGCACCCACAAGAUGCGUUCAAAGUCCACAAGAAAGAAGAAUUCAUGGAGCAUGUGUUGCCGCGCUUCUUCGAUCAGACCAAGUUCAAGUCGUUUCUACGACAACUGAACGUAUGGGGAUUUGAACGAAUAAACGAUUCAGGUCCAAGACACGGAGGCUACCGCCAUUCAUUAUUCAUCAAGAAUCGGCCCGACUUAUGUGCUGGAAUGAAGAGAACGAAGAUAAAGGGAGCGAAACAAGGAGAUUCAGCCAUGGGCUCGCAACAGCAGCUGUCGGAAACGGAGCUACAGCAAAAUAUCAAUGCAAUACUUUAUCACAGUGCUGAUGGUGAUCAUCAAUGUGGAGGACAAAAGCGAGGCGGGACCAAAAGGAACGACGAAACGUCCUUCGAUACCAUUGAAUAUGAAAGGAUACCAGACAAUAUUCCUGUUGCCGCGGAACUAUCUCGCAUGUAUGCAGAAGAGAUGAAAGAGACAGACGGUUUCUGA